AUGGCCGAAGAGCAACAACCCAUUAUCUCCGAGCAAGACAUGCCACCAAUGUCGGUACACUCCUCUCCACAAGACACGCAUGUUAUGCCACCUCCCGCUGCAACUACGGCGUAUUCGGGUGCUCUUCCAACGCACCUCCCUCCUUCGGCACAGACGCCAUCCAACGCCAUUGACCCUAUGCGUUUCACUACACUCGAAGGGAUGGUUAAUCAGCUAGAUGCCAAUAUGAAUACCAACAUGACAGAGCUCAUGACCAUGCUUAGGGAUCAGAAACAAGCUUCGUCAAGCUACACUCCGUCUCCUGAGCGCAGGACAACCGUGCACCCGAAUCCGGUCGACCCGCCUAUUUAUGUUACGGAUAGCGAAGAUGUAUCUUUUUCAGCAAUGACAUAUGUGCCGGCAGUCUAUUCGGUCAGUGAUCCUUUGCCACCGCCACUGGCUCCUACAUCAGUGCCUUUGCCACCCGCGGCGUUCCUAUCAACGGAUUCUGCAAUGCUCACUUUGUCACCGCUCACCAUACCCGCUCAACCUCCAAUUUACACUGUCCCACCACCAACGAUCCCUUCAGUCGUAUUUGCACAAGCUCCUGCUCUUACGGCGGACCAUUUCUCCUUCCAAGCUCCACAGCCCCAAAUGAAUUUCCCCUUCCAAGCUCCACCACCUCUAAACAUCCCCCCACUGAACCGUGCACACUUACUCAUGCCGCUCCUACAGCUCCACCGAUAA